AUGUCGGCGUCGAGCUUGGGAUUGAAAUUCUUCAUGUUGGCCAAGCAGCUUGAGCUGGCCACCCGUUUCCGCUGCCCAUACACCCUCAGUGGCGAUCCAGUCGCGACGACACCCCGCUCAACUCCCGUCUCUCGACCAUGCAAUAGGAGCCAUACGACUGAUUACAUCAAGAGGAGGACUGGAGGAGAUAUCGCAAUGGCCUCCCAAAGCUGCUGGAGGUGCCUCCUCCGGCCGUCAACAGCCGCCAACCAAGCUCCCACAACGACCAGGUCACUUGUCCCAGUAGUAACUCCGACCGAGAGGAUAUUACAAAACAGGACAUCACCGACUGCCUCGUUCUCGACCACUGCGCAUCAGCAUGCUACUCAUGGAGGUGGCGCUGGCCAACGCGCUGGCAAGCGCAUGCAGCUUUCCAAGUUCAAGAAACCAAAGGACAUCGUCAGAGGAAAGGUUCCCCUGCCCGGCGAGAGGAAAGCAUGGCGCAAGCGCAUCGUCCUGUCCAAUAACAACGCCAUCCCAGUCCACGGCUCCCCGAGACUGGACGCGGACAAUAUGGCGGAUUCUGCCAGCGCCGGCAAGGUCUUCAAGAUCCCCGAGGGGACCAUGGAUCAGCUGCGCGCCAGCGAGGCUUUCAAGUCGAGCCAGACUUGGGGCCUGUUCCACAGCCCGCACGCCCUGGUUCGCCCUGAGAUGGUCGAGAUGUGUGCGAGUAUGAAGGAGAAGGUGGCCAAAGGGGAGACGCUCCGUAUGGUAAUAUCAGGCGAGAAGGCCGCUGGGAAAAGCGUCUUGCUGUUACAAGCGAUGGCAAAUGCCUUCUUGAACGAAUGGGUUGUCAUCAACAUCCCUGAAGCACAAGACCUGACCACCGCCUGCACCGACUACGCGCCUAUCCCCGACACCAACCCCCAGCAAUGGAUGCAAUCGGUCUACGCACUUAAGCUGAUGCAGAACAUCCGCAACGCCAACCGCGCGAUCCUGGACCGCGUCUACACCACUCGCUCCUACGAGGAGUUCACCAACCCCGUCGCCGAGGGCGCCACACUCAACGCGCUGAUCGAGUCCGCCCGUGAGACCGACCAGGCGUGGCCCGUGUUCUCCGCCCUGUGGCACGAGCUCACGCUCAAGAGCGAGAGCAGCCCGCGGCCGCCCGUGCUCUUCGCCCUGGACGGGCUGGCGUUCACCAUGAGGGUCUCGGACUACCGCAACACGGCGUUCGAGCCGAUCCACUCGCACGACCUCGCCAUCGUGCGCAUGUUCACCGACCUGCUCUCCGGCAAGACCGCCCUCCCCAGCGGCGGCGCCGUCAUCGCCGCCACGUGCCGCUCCAACUCGGCGCGCAACGCGAGCAUGGAGCUCGCCAUCAAGCGGCAGCUCGCGCGGCAGCAGGGCGUCGCCGAGGCGGACCUGCCGCCGCGUGACCCGUUCAGCAGGAAGUACGACGCGCGCACCGACGAGGUCAUGGAGGGCACGGGGCUGCGGGUGCUCAACGCCCGGGCCGUAAGCAAGCCCGAGGCGCGCGCGCUGAUGGAGUACUGGGCCGCUAGCGGGAUGCUGAGGGCCGCGGUCGAUGAGCGCGAGGUCACUGACAAGUGGCAGACCGGCGGCAACGGGAUCAUCGGGGAGAUGGAGAGGGCCGGGCUGUUGAGUCUGAGGAUAUGA